AUGGUUGUGGAACUGAAGGAUCUGGCGCCACUGCUGCUCAAGAAGGAGCGCGCAAAUGGCGACAUUAAACCGGCGGUGCUUACUGAUGUGCUGCGAGACGGUAAGGCGGCCAACGCCCGCCGCAAAGAGCUCAUCAACGUGAUCGAGCGUCAUCCGGUACUCUCAGACCGCAACAUGAUGUUCCGCAACCACACGGAGCGCUACGAAUUCGGCCUGAAGAAGGCCUAUCACUACGUGAAGCUGCUGCAAGACGGGGGCUACACGAACCCCGAAGACCAGCAGAUUCUGUACAAGGCGCUGGGAGAACCUCUGGGCUUCGACGUGCACCGAGCCAUGUUCAUCCCAACGCUAGAGAACCAGGGAAGCGACGAGCAACGCGCCAAGUGGCUGCCACUUGCCAAGAACUACAAGAUCUUCGGUGCGUAUGCGCAAACAGAGCUUGGUCACGGGUCCAAUGUGCAGGGCAUCGAGACUGUCGCUACGUACGACAAGGCCACUCAAGAGUUCAUCAUUGACUCGCCCACACUGACCAGUCGUAAGUGGUGGCCAGGAGGUCUGGGCAAGACAGCUAACCAUGCCAUCGUGCAUGCGAGAUUGUACUUGGACGGCAAGGACGUGGGUGUGCAGGCGUUCCUGGUGCAGAUCCGGUCGAUGGAGGAUCAUCAACCAUUGCCAGGUAUUGAGGUGGGAGAUAUCGGUCCGAAGGUCGGAUUUAACGGUGUAGACAACGGAUACUGUGCUUUCCAUAAGAUCCGUAUUCCACGCGAGAACAUGAUGAUGCGAUAUGCCAAGGUGUUACCGGAUGGGACGUUUGUCAAGCCCAAGAGCGACAAACUCGUGUACUUGACGAUGGUACAGGUACGAGCUUACAUGAUCAAGACUGCUGGGAUCCAGAUGGGUGCAGCUAGCACUAUCUGUACUCGCUUCAGUGCUGCUCGUAUCCAGGGACGCACUCCGGAUAACAAGGGCGAGUUCCAGGUGCUCGACUACCAGAACCAGCAGCACAAACUGUUCCCUCUCAUUGCAAUCUCGUACGCUGCACUUUUCGCCGGUGUCUCUCUUGUUGAGAUGCAUGACUCGGCAUUGGAUGUGAUCAAGAAGGGUGGAAACUCCUUCGGCGCUAAGCUGGCAGAGCUUCACGCCGUGUCUUCGGGACUCAAAGCCUGGCUCGCUGAGCGCGUGAGUGACGGAAUUGAAACGUGCCGCCGUCUGUGUGGAGGUCACGGAUUCACGCAAUCCAGCAACCUGGCUCAUUUGUUCGCUGAGAUGGUCGGUGCCAACACGUACGAAGGCACUUCCGACGUAUUAGUUCAGCAGCAUGCGCGCUAUCUACUGAAGACGCUGGCGUCUCUUCCUGUCGACGAGGAAUCUACCAAGUUUUUGAAUAACGUGAAGCGUUACAGCGAUAUUAAACUGCGGUGCAAGGCUCAAAAAUCCGAGGACUUCGGAAACCUUGAGCUUCUUCUCGAUGCUUUCCAGACACGGACUGCACGUGUCGUGUUGGCGCUGGCCAGCAAAAUGAAAGCAACCAAGAACGAUGGCAAUGCUUGCAUGGUGCUCAUGACUCGUGCUUCUGCUGCUCACGCCGAGUUGAUAUUGCUCGAAGCGUUCAUCCGCGGCGCACAGAACCUACCUGCUAGCUCUGAGAAGGACUCGGUUACACAAUUGUGCUCGCUGUUUGGCGCUUGGUUGAUCACCAAGUCGCUUGGAGACUUCCGUCAACACGACUAUCUCUCCUCCCAACAGGCUGAUCUUGUUCGGAACCAGGUGGUGCGUCUACUACCGCUCAUCCGCAAGAACUGCGUGCUGCUCACGGAUGCCUGGGACUUCAGUGAUUUCGAGCUGAACUCGACUAUCGGGCGCUAUGACGGUGACAUCUAUCGUGCAUUGGUGAAGCGCGCUGCUGACGAACCUUUGAACAAAUCGCAGAUCCCGGAUGGAUACGAAAUGUACUUGAAGCCGUUAAUCCAGUCUGGUCUGUAG